CCGGGCUGUGGGGAGGGUACGCUUCCCGCGGGCGCGCGGAGUGAGGACGGUGACAGCCACGCGCGCGCGUACGCGCCCGACUGCAGCGCGGCCCCGCGACCCUAGUCGGCCGCUGAGAGGCGCGCGGAGUCUGGGCCGCUGCCGUCUAGGGUUCCCGUCCCGAGGCGUCCCCGGCAUCUCCGGCCCGAAUCCCGGAGUGCCAGGUCGCGCCUGCACCGACGGUCCCGGCUCCUGUGCCCUCCGUGCAGCCGUCAGGGCCCGCCCCCCAACUCCCCUUUCCGUCCGGGCAGGGUCCUCGCGGCCCAUGCUGGCCGCUGGGGACCCGCGCAGCCCAGAACGUUGCCGGGCCGGCCAGCCGGCCACCAUGGUGGCCCUGAGGCCUGUACAGCAACUCCAGGGGGGCUAACGGGCUCAGAGUGCAGGCCGUGGGGCGCGAGGGUCCCGGGCCUGAGCCCCGCGCCAUGGCCGGGGCCAUCGCUUCCCGCAUGAGCUUCAGCUCUCUCAAGAGGAAGCAGCCCAAGACGUUCACCGUAAGGAUCGUCACCAUGGACGCCGAGAUGGAGUUCAAUUGCGAGAUGAAGUGGAAAGGGAAGGACCUCUUUGAUUUGGUGUGCCGGACUCUGGGGCUUCGAGAAACCUGGUUCUUUGGACUGCAGUACACAAUCAAGGACACAGUGGCCUGGCUCAAAAUGGACAAGAAGGUACUGGAUCAUGAUGUUUCAAAGGAAGAACCAGUCACCUUUCACUUCCUGGCCAAAUUUUAUCCUGAGAAUGCCGAAGAGGAGCUGGUUCAGGAGAUCACACAACAUUUAUUCUUCUUACAGGUAAAGAAGCAGAUUUUAGAUGAAAAGAUCUACUGCCCUCCCGAGGCGUCUGUGCUCCUGGCUUCUUACGCUGUCCAGGCCAAGUAUGGUGACUACGACCCCAGUGUUCACAAGCGGGGAUUUUUGGCCCAAGAGGAAUUGCUUCCAAAAAGGGUAAUAAAUCUGUAUCAGAUGACUCCGGAAAUGUGGGAGGAGAGAAUUACUGCUUGGUACGCAGAGCACCGAGGCCGAGCCAGGGAUGAAGCUGAAAUGGAAUAUCUGAAGAUAGCUCAGGACCUGGAGAUGUAUGGUGUGAACUACUUUGCAAUCCGGAAUAAAAAGGGCACAGAGCUGCUGCUUGGAGUGGAUGCCCUGGGGCUUCACAUUUAUGACCCUGAGAACAGACUGACCCCCAAGAUCUCCUUCCCGUGGAAUGAAAUCCGAAACAUCUCGUACAGUGACAAGGAGUUUACUAUUAAACCACUGGAUAAGAAAAUUGAUGUCUUCAAGUUUAACUCCUCAAAGCUUCGUGUUAAUAAGCUGAUUCUCCAGCUAUGUAUCGGGAACCAUGAUCUAUUUAUGAGGAGAAGGAAAGCCGAUUCUUUGGAAGUUCAGCAGAUGAAAGCCCAGGCCAGGGAGGAGAAGGCUAGAAAGCAGAUGGAGCGGCAGCGCCUCGCUCGAGAGAAGCAGAUGAGGGAGGAGGCUGAACGCACGAGGGAUGAGUUGGAGAGGAGGCUGCUGCAGAUGAAAGAAGAAGCAACAAUGGCCAACGAAGCACUGAUGCGGUCUGAGGAGACAGCUGACCUGUUGGCUGAAAAGGCCCAGAUCACCGAGGAGGAGGCAAAACUUCUGGCCCAGAAGGCCGCAGAGGCUGAGCAGGAAAUGCAGCGCAUCAAGGCCACAGCCAUUCGCACGGAGGAGGAGAAGCGCCUGAUGGAGCAGAAGGUGCUGGAAGCCGAGGUGCUGGCACUGAAGAUGGCUGAGGAGUCAGAGAGGAGGGCCAAAGAGGCAGAUCAGCUGAAGCAGGACCUGCAGGAAGCGCGCGAGGCAGAGCGAAGAGCCAAGCAGAAGCUCCUGGAGAUUGCCACCAAGCCCACGUACCCGCCCAUGAACCCAAUUCCAGCACCAUUGUCUCCUGACAUACCAAGCUUCAACCUCAUUGGUGACAGCCUGUCUUUCGACUUCAAGGAUACUGACAUGAAGCGGCUUUCCAUGGAGAUAGAGAAAGAAAAAGUGGAAUACAUGGAAAAGAGCAAGCAUCUGCAGGAGCAGCUCAAUGAACUCAAGACAGAAAUCGAGGCCUUGAAACUGAAAGAGAGGGAGACGGCUCUGGAUAUUCUGCACAAUGAGAACUCCGACAGGGGUGGCAGCAGCAAGCACAGUACCAUUAAAAAGCCUCAAGCCCAAGGCAGAAGACCUAUCUGCAUUUGAGCCCUCAAAGUAGGUUGUUCCCAGCUCACCUUGCAGAGUGCCAAGUCCCGAGUGGCCUUCUUUGAAGAGCUCUAGCAGGUGACCCAGCCACCCCAGGACCUGCCACUUCUCCUGCUCCCGGGACCGCGGGAUGGACCAGAUACCAAGAGAGCCAUCCAUAGGGAGCUGGCUGGGGAUUUCGUGGGAGCUCCAGAACUUUCCCCAGCUGAGUAAAGAGCCCAGCCCCUCUUAUGUGCAAUUGCCUUGAACUACGACCCUGUAGAGAUUUCUCUCAUGGUGUUCUAGUUAUCUGACCUGAGUCUUUGUUUUAAGAAGUAUUUGUCUUCCUUUGUCUAA